AUGAUGCUACACCGUAGCGCAUCAUCGCGGCGCAGACGUGCGUCGCGCAGCGUGACUAGCCCACACCAUCAUCAUCCACAGCAGCAGCAGCAACAACAAGCCCAUUCAACAUCGCCUCAAGGUAGGCGCGCCUCUAUAGCCUCGGCCGAACCAUCUUCCGAGGCCCUAAUUGUCAGCGCCACUGGCAUGGAUCGGCAACGCGCGCCUCGCGGUAGCUGCGUGCCCAACAUUGCGCUGGACAACGAUGUACAGGCACUUGAAGAGAACUUCAACAGGCGUCUGCUACCAGAUCCCGAGCAGUGCGGGGCCUCACGUCUGUGUCUCGCGGGCAGCAGCGAGACGAGCCGUAGCCGCAGCUCCUUGGCACCAGAGGAGUACCUCGCCAGCGGGCGUUCGCCACGUAGCAGCCUGGUGCCGGAUCUGUCAAGCCGCUCGAGUCGCAACAGCCUGAUACCAGAUGGCAGCAUGCAGCGCUCGCCCCGGAAUAGUCUCGUGCCGGAGUCGAUGUCGCGGAGUCCAAGGCACUCCCUCGUGCCCGACCAGACGCUUAGUCCACGCAAUAGCCUCGUACCCCUCGACGUUGUCGGAUAUAACCGCAGUCCUCGGGGUAGUCUCGUGCCUACCGGACCUGUCUCGGUUGAUUCGGCGGCUGCUGCGGUUGGCGGUCCCGGAGGGUCGAGGCUCGCUGGUGGGGGACUGGUGUUACCGGAGAACGGGAGCUUGGGCAGGAGUCCGAGACACUCGCUCGUGCCCGAAACCGCGGCGCAACUCAGAAGCUCGAGGACUAGUGUGGCCAACGUAGCGGAAUUCGAUCGCAGUCCCAGGGGCUCGAUCUGUCCAGAUGCUAGCGCCAGAUCACCCAGGGGCAGCAUCACGCCUGUCGAUCUGCAUGGGGAUAUGAAGGAGCGAAGUCCACGAGGCUCGAUAGCUUCGGAAUGCCCGCUCAACCAGAGUCCACGUGGCUCGAUUAUCCCAGAUCAGAUAAACCGAUCCCCACGAGGCUCGAUCGCACCCGAUAUCAACCGGUCGCCUCGAGGCUCGAUUUGCCCGGAGGCCAGUAAUCGUUCUCCACGGGGCUCAAUCACACCUGGGCAUCACGAGCAGUUCAUGGCUAACCGAUCACCACGUGGCAGCAUAGGUAUGGGCGAGUACGGCCAUCGAGGCUCACUUGGUGGUGAGGAUGACCUGGCAAGCCGAAGUCCACGCGGCAGCAUCGGGCCCAACGGCCUCGAUCGCAGCCCGAGAGGCAGCCUUGGUGGCGGGGAGAGGAGAUUGCCCAAAUUUAACGUCCAGGAGCACAGGAGGGCCUCUGUUGAUCAGAGUACAGCGAUGAACCGCAGCAGUUCGCCUUAUCGGCAGCAGCAGCAGCAACCACAACAAAAGAGGACGGAGAACACGGGUAGCCUCCGGUCGACGCAUCAAAUGGGCGCUAUCGGUUACGGGGCAGCCAAUUUCGGGAUCGACUCGAGGCGAGCCAGUAGCUCACCAUCGCAGAUUUCAGUUAACGAGUCGCGCCGAUUGUGCGGCACGAGGAGCGCCAGCGUCGCCGAAAAGGGAGCAACCGGUUCUUCGGCUCCGAUGGGGGUGGCGGCCUACGGUUCGCUCGUUUUUCAACUCAAAGAUGCCCACCUGGAGGCCAGCGGUACUUGCGACUUUGUUUACCGCGCUCUGCGCGUCGUCAGCAAAACCACCGUCGUCACUGUCUUCCUCGCUUUUAUGACCACCAUACCCCUUGUCAUGCUCAUACUUGGUGUGCAGUCGGUCCGUGAUUGUCCUCGCGAGCCCAACAUACCUCUGUACAUGGUGGUGGGUGGCAGCCUGGGCAGCGUGCGGAUGUUUUGGCUGGUGAUCUCGAGGAUACGCUCUCGCCGGCCGGUCGUCGUUAGUAUGCCCAACAACGACGAGCGCGUGUCCUGCAAGAUGAUCGCAUCCAUUCUGCUGUCACUGUUUCUCAUCGGUUGGUUCGCUCUUGGUAAUUACUGGAUUCUUCGUAUACGAUGGCCGGAUUACGAGCCAAAGCACUACGAUCCCAACCAAUGGUGCGACAAGACCUUGUACAUUUUUGCAUUGGUACAUCUAGGCAUCGUAUAUUUUGCCGUCUCCGUAAGCAUCGUCGUCGGCAUCGGUCUACUGUUUUGCAGAAUUCUAGCGUGUCCAUGGCCAGAAAGGUACAAAUAACCAAGACAGUCGAUGCGCGUGAGAGACGACUCUGAUGCUUCCUCGGG